AUGGCCAUUUGUUCGCAAUAUGAACAUAGCUGUUUUGAUCCUUAUAAAGCAAAACAUAUAUAUUGUUUGCCAAUUGAAAAGGCCGGUGAUGGUAUAAUCGAUUGUUUAGGAGGACAAGAUGAGCGUUUGGAUAAUUAUUGUUCAUCGAAAUAUUCCUUUGAUAUUACGCGUCGUUAUCGAUGUUUAAAUUCGAGUUUAUGCGUUCGACUUGAUGAUGUUUGUGAUGGUCAUGCACAUUGUCCGUUUGGUGAUGACGAAAGGUUAUGCCCAUGGAGAAACGAAUCUAAAUGUAAAAAUGGAGAAUUUGCAUGUUGGCAUGAAAACAAAUGUUUAGAAAAACGCAGACGCUGUGAUGGUGUGCAAGAUUGUAGACUAUACGAGGAUGAAUGGUAUUGUGAUUUAAUACCAAAGCGGACAUAUAAACCAUUUCUACUUGAUACUGCUUACAGCCAGUAUCCACCAAUAGAUACAGAAUUGUCAAAAAGUUUGAUUUAUAAUGACAUUCAACCAAAAAUAGAUGUUCGAUCAAAUAUAACUGAGGAUCUAUCUUAUGUAUCCUAUUGCAAUAGAGGUAUUUUUAUUUGGUCAAAGCAUUCUGGUGAAACUUGUCUUUGUUCACCAGCAUACUAUGGCGAUAAAUGUCAAUAUCAAAGUGAACGUUUGACAGUUUUUCUACAACUUCAGGUACCUCUUAGUUUUCGUUAUACGAUUUUCAAAAUCUUAUUUAGUCUAUUUGAUCGAAAUAAUUCAUCAAAUAUUCUUAGUUCGGAAGACAUCAUACACGUACCGCACAUUCAUUCAGUAUCUUACAAACAUAUCGUAUAUCUACUUUAUCCAAAGUUAAGAAUAGCGACAAAUUCGUGUGCUGUUCGUAUCGAUUUAUUUAUUGUGUCUAGAAGUGAAGUUGAAUUAAAAUUAUCAUGGUAUUUUAAUAUACCAUUUGCAUUUUUACCGGUCAAUCGUUUAGUAAAAAGAAUUAUCUAUGUUCCUGAUCACAAUGAAUCUACUUGCUCAAUCACAUGUUUACAUGGAAAAUGUCAAAAUUUUAUAAACAAUAAUCAAAUACAACAUUGUUUGUGCAAUAAUGGAUGGUCAGGAUCUGCAUGUAAUAUAAAGGUUGGAAAAAUAUCAUGUGUACAAGGUGCAACAUUUAUCCAUAAUCAAUGUAUUUGUCCAUUACGUCGAUUAGGAUCUGAUUGUCAACUUGAACUUGACUUUUGUCAUAACAUUAUUUGUCAAAAUAAUGGUACAUGUAUUUCAUUAGAUAUGAAAAAUUCACAUCCCCGUUAUGUUUGCUUUUGUCCAGAAGGUUAUUUUGGUGAUGAUUGUCAAGAGACAGCAGCUAAAAUUAUCGUACGCAUCGAUAAUAUAUUUUAUCCACUUUCUGUUUUACAAAUACCUAUUGUUGCUAUUCAUGUUGUUGAAAUUUAUGAUGAUGCACACAUUAUGUUAACACAAGAACGUUAUAUUUAUAGAAAUGUUAAAUUCAAUAGUGAAAUUACAUCAAUUUAUGAUGAAAAAAAAUAUUUUCGCAAUAAUUUCAUCUAUGCACAAUUAUUUUUUAAUUUUAACAAUAUCAAUGAUCGUUAUGGUUCAUAUUAUUUAAUAGUUUUGAUUAAACAACAAGCAAUUACAAAACUUAAAACGUCAAUACUUGCAUCUGAUCGUUGUCCAUAUAUUAAUGAAUUGCUAUUGAAUCAUACAAUAAUCAAUUAUCCAUUUAUGAAAAAAGUUAAAUUUUAUCAUCGUGCUUGUUAUAUUAAAGGAAUACGUUGUUUUUACGAUGAAACAUAUAUGUGUUUGUGUGAUCUUGAUGUAGGAAUGGAUUGUCUUGUUUUUGAUCAUUCAGCAGUCUCAUUGGAUGCUUUAAUUGGAGCUGAUAUUGUUAAUGAAUUAUCAUUCAUACAGCAAAGUUCUAGUGUUCAGAUUACAUUAACAAUUGUCACUUUGAUGAUUUUUAUUGGAUUUAUUAAUAAUUCAUUAUCUUUUUUAACAUUACUUCGACCAAAAACACAAGAAGUUGGAUGUGGCUUUUAUUUGCGUUGUAUUUGUCUUGUUAGUCAAUUUAGUCUAUUUAUAUUUGGUUUAAGAUUUGCUUAUCUCUUAGUCACGCAAUUUGAUCUUUGGACAACAGAUCAAUAUAAAUUGAGUAUUGGUACUUGUAUUACAUUAGAAUUUCUUUUAACAAUUCUACCGUCUAUUUACGAUUGGUUAACAGUAUGUAUUGCUUGUCAACGAACGAUUACAGUUGUUAAAGGUGCUCAUUUUGAUAAGACACUAAGCAAGAAAAGAGCCAAAUACGUCGUUUUGUUUGUUGUUUUAAUUGUUAUUUUAAGUUCAUUACAUAAACCAUUUCAUCGGCAUUUAAUUAAUGAUCCACAUUCUGCUAAUGGUCACACAUGGUGUGUAAUAAAGUUCCAUUCGAAACGAUUAGAGAAAUUUGACACAUGUGUGAAUAUUAUUCAUCUCGUAGUACCAUUUCUUAUUAAUUCUGUAACCACUUGUAUAUUUCUUUCGAGUUUAACACGAAGAAAAUCAGAUUUAUUACGAAUAAAAACCAGUGAAGCAAGUUAUAAAUCAGUCUUAACAAAACAAAUAGUGUUAUAUAAAUCAUUCAUCAUUAGCCCGUUUCUAAUUGUUGUUCUAGAAUUAUCACGUCUAAUACUGUCAUUUGUAUUUGCUUGUAUCAAAUAUCCAUGGCAAAAGUAUUUAUAUCUAGUAUCAUAUCUUAUAUUCUCUUUACCACACACAGCAACGUUAUUGAUAUUUAUAAUACCGUCACAGACAUAUAAACAAGAACUAAAAGAUUGUAUGAUGAAUUUAUUAGGAUAUUUGAAAAACUAA